CCCGGUUGCACCACAUUAGUGUGUGUUUAGUAUUAUGGUUUUUUUUAUAAAACACCCAUCAGUAAUAGUUUAAAAGUAGCGAAAGUGAUUGACAAAGAAGAGGAGAAGCUGCUACACAUUUUACAAAAAUGAAGCUCAAUAUCGAGGGUCUGCUGGUGUAUUUUCCAUAUGAUUACAUAUAUCCUGAGCAGUACUCCUACAUGCUGGAGCUGAAGAGGACGCUGGAUGCGAAGGGUCAUGGAGUCCUGGAGAUGCCUUCAGGAACAGGGAAGACCAUUUCAUUGCUGUCUCUUAUCAUUGCCUAUCAAAAGACCUAUCCUUUGGAAGUGACCAAGCUGAUAUACUGCUCCAGAACAGUUCCAGAGAUUGAGAAGGUCGUGGAGGAGCUCAGGAAGCUGAUGGAGUUUUAUUCCAAGGAAACCGGAGAGAGCAACAACUUCCUGGCUCUGGCCCUUUCCUCCAGGAAAAACCUCUGCAUCCACCCCGAGGUGAGCGCUCUGCGCUUCGGUAAGGAGGUUGACGGAAAGUGUCACAGUCUGACAGCGUCAUAUAUUCGUGCACAACGCCACAGCAACCCCGACCAGCCUAUGUGUCGCUUCUACGAGGAGUUUGAUGCAGUUGGCAGGCAGGUGCCCCUUCCUGCUGGCAUCUACAACCUUGAUGACCUGAAGGACUUUGGCAGGAGGAAAGGCUGGUGUCCUUAUUAUCUGGCACGCUACUCGAUCCUGCAUGCAAACAUUGUGGUGUACAGCUACCACUACCUGCUGGACCCCAAAAUAGCGGACCUGGUCUCCAAGGAGCUGGCCAAGAGCUCUGUGGUGGUGUUUGAUGAGGCUCACAAUAUAGACAACGUGUGUAUCGACUCCAUGAGCGUGAACAUCACCAGACGAACGCUUGACCGAUGCCAGAACAACGUGGACACGCUUCAGAACACCAUACAAAAUAUAAAGGAGACAGAUGCUGCUAAACUGAAGCAGGAGUACAGGCGUUUGGUGGAAGGUUUGAAGGAAGCUAACGUUGCCAGAGAGACAGACGUGUACCUCGCAAAUCCAGUGCUGCCAGAUGAAAUUCUUCGAGAGGCUGUGCCAGGUACCAUUCGCACAGCAGAGCACUUUGUAGGUUUCUUGAGGCGUUUCCUGGAGUAUCUGAAGGCCCGUCUGAGAGUCCAGCAUGUGGUGCAGGAGAGCACCCCACAGUUCCUCAAAGACAUCUUCGACAAAGUCUGCAUCGACCGCAAACCUCUCAGGUUUUGUGCAGAGCGGUUGCAGUCGUUACUACGAACUCUGGAGAUCGCUGACAUCGCAGACUUCUCGGCUGUUACUCUCAUCUCUAACUUUGCUACCCUGGUCAGCACCUACAGUCAAGGUUUUACUAUAAUCAUUGAGCCGUUUGAUGACAGAACUCCAACUAUUGCCAACCCCGUGCUGCACUUCAGCUGCAUGGAUCCAUCUAUAGCCAUCAAACCUGUUUUUCAAAGAUUUCAGUCGGUCGUCAUCACCUCGGGGACUCUCUCCCCGCUGGACAUCUAUCCCCGGAUCCUGGACUUCCGCCCUGUUACCAUGGCGUCCUUCACCAUGACGCUGGCCCGGACCUGCCUCUGUCCUCUGAUUGUCGGCAGAGGAAACGACCAGGUGGCCCUCAGCUCAAAGUUUGAGACCAGAGAGGACUUUGCUGUGAUUCGUAACUAUGGCAACCUGCUUCUGGAGAUGUCGGCCAUUGUUCCUGAUGGUAUUGUGGCAUUUUUCACCAGCUACGUUUACAUGGAGAACAUAGUUGCAUCUUGGUAUGAACAGGGUAUCCUGGAGAAUAUCCAGAGAAACAAGCUGAUCUUCAUUGAGACUCCGGAUGCUGCAGAAACCAGCAUGGCCCUGGAGAAAUAUCAGGAGGCAUGUGAGAACGGCAGAGGAGCGAUCCUCCUGUCUGUGGCCAGAGGGAAGGUGUCUGAAGGAAUAGAUUUCGUGCACCACUUUGGCCGAGCAGUCAUCAUGUUUGGAGUGCCGUACGUUUACACACAGAGCCGCAUCCUAAAGGCUCGUCUGGAGUAUCUGCGGGAUCAGUUUCAGAUCAGAGAGAAUGACUUCCUCACAUUUGAUGCUAUGCGUCAUGCAGCCCAGUGCGUGGGCAGAGCCAUCAGAGGCAAGACGGACUACGGACUGAUGGUUUUUGCUGACAAGCGUUAUGCUCGAGCAGACAAACGUGGGAAGCUUCCACGCUGGAUCCAGGAGCACAUCAGCGACGGCAGUCUGAACCUCACUGUGGAUGAGGCAGUGCAGCUCUCCAAGCACUUCCUGCGUCAGAUGGCUCAGCCGUUCAGACAGGAGGACCAGUUGGGUCUAUCUCUGCUUACUCUCGAGCAGCUGGAGUCGGAGGAAAUGCUGCAGAAAAUCACUAAGAUCGCUCAUCAGACCUGAAGACAUAUGCCUUAAUGCUGUCACCAUGGCGGUGCCCAUGAUGAUGAAAGGUCCUCAACCC